ACUGCAGCUCGACCUGCGUCUUCGUCCCGUCUUGUGCAUCGUGAAUCCGCCCUACGACGUCGCCGAAGGGCGCGUGCACAACGCGUGGGGAGACGCGACGUGUCGCUCGUCAGCGUAAGUGUCGUCGCGACGCGAAUGCAGAAUACGUACCGGUUGGCUCCCCGACGUGCCGUACGCGCUGAGGGGUUCGCGGGGGCGUGUUCUAUUGUUAGAGCAAGCCGCGCUCGUCGUACAGGGACCAAGGUUAGUGUAGUAAGUACGUACGUAGCGUACCGCCCGUUUGACGUACAUGUUGUGUUCAGGCGUGUCGAAUUGCGCGGCGUGGCCGUCAGUUGUCGCAGUGGUGGAGAUCGAGGGGCGGCACGGAGAUCAUAUGGUCACCGAGGGCGCGCUGAUGCCUUCGCCCGCGCUCCGAUUUCGGGCUACAUUCCCGCAUCGUUCUCUCGUCGCCUCCUCAUCCUUGCAUUCCUCUCCUUCAACCAUCGCUUGUACUCCGCGCCGGUUCGCUCACCGACCGUCCUCGGUUCGUCCCGGCUCCUGCGUACUCCUGGGGUGCGUCUGGAGAGCGCACGCAGGGUAGUGAUGGACGUGUGGGUGCGGUAUGGCGUGCGUUGCGGGGGGACGACGGACACCGGACGCGAGAGUUGGCCGUAUCCCGGCCCUGAGAUGGGCAUCCGCCGCGCGAAGAGCGUGCGAACCGGUGUCUGCACGGUGUUCUGUUACGUGCAAAGCGUCGUGCCGCGCCACGUCCGGUGCACAAAACCGUGUCGAACGGGCUGGUAGAUGAUGGUACGAGACUUGAGUACCGGUGUAGUACAGAACGGGGACGUUGUGUGACGUCGCCGAGGCGGGACAUGGCUGCCUUCAGGUGACUUGACUGGGUGGCACAGAACACCUCGCCGCGCCAUGUCCGGUGCGCGAAUUGGUCUCGAGCUGCCUGGUAUGGCUUUGCACAAGAGUUGGGUGCGCAGGCCGUGCAAAACGGCAGUGUGUCGCGACGUCGGCGAGGCGGGAUAUGGCUGGCUUCGGGCGACUUGGCUGGGCGGUACAGAAUGCCGCG